AUGGAGCCUAAACCAGAAGAGUUGGAGAAGAAGAAAGUUGUGAGAAGGAAGUUUAUUGGGAAAAGAACAUCCGCCAAAGGGGAUGAGACAUCGUUGGUGAAAUCAGCUAAUAAAACGAGACAUGUAGGAAGAGUAAUGAACCAAAUACCAGAAGAAAUAUUGAAUGAUAAAGAUUUGAAUGAAGCUAUAAGGUUAUUACCUUCUAACUAUAACUUUGAAAUUCAUAAAACUGUUUGGAAUAUUAAAAAAAAUGGUGCUAAACGGGUUGCAUUACAGAUGCCUGAAGGUUUAUUGAUAUACUCGCUAAUCAUUUCGGACAUUUUGGAACAAUUUUGUGAAGUUGAGACUGUAGUAAUGGGAGAUGUAUCUUACGGAGCUUGUUGUAUUGACGACUUUACAGCUAGGGCAUUAGAUUGUGAUUUUAUUGUCCACUACGCACAUUCAUGCUUAGUUCCAAUAGAUAUAACAGAUAUUAAAGUAUUGUAUGUUUUCGUAACUAUCAACAUUGAUGAGCAACAUUUGAUCAAUACUAUUAAAUUGAAUUUUGAAAAAGGAUCUCAGCUAGCAGUAUUUGGAACAAUUCAAUUCAAUCCAACAAUUCAUAGUAUCAAGAGCAAGCUUGAAAAUGAUGAAGAAAAGACAAUGUACUUAAUACCCCCACAGACUAUGCCAUUAUCUAAGGGUGAAGUUCUCGGAUGCACUUCUGCAAGAUUAAAUAAGGAACAGAUAAAGGCAAUGAUAUAUAUAGGAGAUGGAAGAUUCCAUCUUGAAAGUUCAAUGAUUCACAAUCCGGAUAUUCCAGCCUACCGAUAUGAUCCAUAUUCAAGAAAGUUUACUAAAGAAUAUUAUGAUCAAAAGCAAAUGCUUGAAGUGCGUGAGGAUGCCGUGAAAAUUGCAUCAAAUGCCAAAAAAAUUGGUUUGAUUUUAGGGGCUCUAGGUAGACAAGGUAAUCCUGUCACCUUAAAUAAUUUAGAAGCAAAAUUAUCAGCAAAGGGCAUACAAGUAGUAAAAAUAAUUCUAAGUGAGAUAUUUCCUCAAAAAUUAUCAAUGUUCAACGAUAUUGAUGCAUUCGUUCAAGUUGCAUGUCCAAGAUUAUCUAUUGAUUGGGGUUAUGCGUUUAACAAACCCUUGUUGACCCCAUAUGAAGCAAUGGUUAUGCUUGAGAGCGAUACAAAAUGGAAUCAAGGUUACUAUCCUAUGGAUUAUUAUUCUAAAGAAGGAUACGGUAGAGGAAAAAUUCCUGAUCAUUCAAGUGUUAAUUAA